AUGGAGGACGAAAAUCCUUUCAGCAAAUCGAAGACGAUCGAUCCCGAAGUACGAGCAUAUGUAUACAGUCUUGUUAACGCGCUUGGAGGUACUGGAUCGGAUGAGACAGGCAGAUAUGUGCUGGGAGACGAUGCCAUUGCUGUACUUCGAGACUUGAAGAGAUGGCUGAAGCUCUAUGACGAGAAGACCAACCGGCUAGAUGUGGCCAGGUGUAUGGCAGAAGCGAACUUGGUUCGAGGUGAUUUACUACCCAUCCUAUCGCUAUGGAAAGAGAACGGAAAGAAUGAGAAAUCCAGGUCAAGGCUCGCGCUUGCUGCUCUCGAACUUCUGGUUCCUCUCACCUGGCCAAUCGAGCACGAGGAGAUGACACUCAACCAUCAUCGUCAUACUCCAUACAUCCUUCAAGCCCAAGUCAAAUAUAAAGCCGCAGUAUUGCAUUGGGACACAACGAGCGUGCUGAGACAGGCAAUCAGAACAGCUCUGCCGGCUCUAGCUGUGAGGAGGGACGAACGCACACCACGAGACGAAGCUAUCAUCAAGCUAAUGCUCUACUUCAUCCGGAACAUUGCAACUAUUCGCCAGACCCCGAACCUACCCUCCCAAGGCCUCGACAACGAAGUCUCGCGAUCAGCAACGAUUGAGACCUUCCGAGCUCAAGACGUCUUUGCCCUCCUUCUGACAAUGUGCUCGAACAUGGGUGAAGACUACAAUCUGAUGGACGUGGUCAUUCUCGAAAUUAUGUUCAACCUUAUCAAGGGGGUCGACGUUGAAAAGCUGUGGAUGAACCAGGUACAACGCAAGAAAGUCGCGAUUGACGAUCUCAGAGAAACUUUGACAGCUGAAAAGAGCAUGCAUACACAAGCAAAGAAGAAAGAAUGGAGUAGGCAUGGCCGUUUCGGAACCAUGAUCUGGGUUAAGGGUAACGACAAGCAGAUGAAGGCUGUCUCCGGUCAGGACAAUUUGAAGAGCGACAAGACUGCGAUGUUCAACGUAGACAACAACAAAAAGUGGAACAAGCCUAUGAGAAAGCGCAAGGACAUGGAAUACAGCAUGCACGACUUUGAUCAAAAAGAGUACUUGUCAACAACAGCAUCUGAGCAACUACGAAACUUCGUGGAAGAAUUCUUGGACUCUGGUUUCAACCCUCUAUUUACACAUCUACGCAAAGCCAUUGAGCGAGAAGCCGAACGACUACUACCAAUCAAUUAUCGACAGUUCUUUUAUGUGGUCGCCUGGUUCUUGAAAGCAGAACGAGCAAGACGUGAGCACAAACAGAAAGACGCCAGCGCUUCCAAAGCACAGACCGAGUUCGACCCUGAAAGCUAUGCUCUGGUUGCCUGCGUGUUGAAUCAGGAGACAUUCAUCACUCUCAAUCGCUAUAUGCAGAUGUCUUGGGACGACAAAGCCUGGCAGGACCUCAACGCAAGCAUGCGAUGUUUCACCGAAAUUUUGCUUAUGGUUCAAGACAUGGCUCAAAGUCCGCUGGAAGAAGAUCAAGAAAUAGCCGAGAACAUUCAGAACCGGAUUUUCUACGAAGAGACAACGCACGAUCGUGUAAGGCUUCUCUUGAAUGGUUAUAAGGAUCAAGGUCUCGGCUACCUCGAUGCGUGUACAGAACUUGCUCAUGUCUUCCUGAGGUUACUCGAGAGGUACUCCAAAGAAAACGUUGAUUUACAGAUCAAGUCAAAGCGUAAAGCACGCCAUAAAAGGAGAGAAGCACAACGGCAGCAGAGAUCGCCAGAUGAGGCAACGGGUGAGAACGAGGAUGAAGAGUCGGAGCAUGAGGACAUAAUGGACGUUGUCCAGGUCACCAAAGAAAGAAAGUUCGACUUUAAACGGUUUGCUGCCAAAUUCGUGACCCAGUCUUCGAUCGACACGUACAUCUCCCAACUCACAUUCUACAAGGAUCUAAGUAUAGAGCAGCUGAAACGAAUCCAUCGUUUCCUUUACCGGGCCGCAUUCAAGCAGGACCAGGCGAUCUUGCUUUACCGUCUUGAUAUAAUCAGCCUGUUGUACAAAUUACUUCAAGGGCCUGAGGCUCUUCCCGAGACCCAUGCCAUGUUCAAUGAGUGGCAGGAGCUUACGAAACAGCUCUUCAGGAAGAUGCUCAAGAAAGUCGAUCAGAGGCCGGACCUUCUCGUUGAAGUUCUUUUCAGCAAAGUCCCUGCCACAACAUACUACCUGGAACAUGGGUACGACAAGCAGACAUCCACAAGCACCAGAUCACCAGCUGAGCUUGAGGUCAGGAACGCUUCGGCUCGAGAUCGAAAAGAGCAGAUAGCCAUCAUUGUCACUGUAUUACUAAGAGAUCAAAAGAAUGCUCUGGUUGAUUGGGUCAAUACUAUCGUCUGCAGAGCUUUUGACGAACGGCACGCCUGGGAGGCCGAAGCUGAAGCUCGAGAAGCGGAAACCAUAGCUGCAGCAACAGCUGAUGGAGAUCCCUUAGCUGAUAAGAAGCUUACUACGACUACUGACAUGCCACCAGCAGCACCAUCAUACAUAUCUGUGACUGCAGGUAGGGACGAAAUUAAGAUCGCAACGUUCAAGAAUGCUCGUUUGAAGCUGUUGAUGAAGCUCGUCGGUAUGGUGGAAGAGAUCAACGACAAAUCCGACACACCAGAUGCUACCUGGAUCGUUCCUUCCACUGUAUCAGCCUCGCACUUGCGAGAUUCGAAAGAAGCUAUCACACAAUACUCAAUUACACAUUGGCAGCCAGAGAAUGAGGACGAUCAACCGGAAGACCUACUUCGUCGUAUUCGCAAAGACAAUCGUGUGACUCGGAGUUAUGAAGAUGUCAACGAGGAUGGAGAAGCUCCAAGGGACAACUUUAUUGAUGAUUCUGAAGGUGAUGACGGCCCUCUACCAGAAGAAAGUGAAUUUCUAUUCCCUGACAAUCCACGCCGGAGUAAAUCAGCAUUGGAUCAGCUUCGCGAAAAACGAGCCGCAAAAAGCAAGAAGCGUAAGCAGAGGUCAGAUGAUGAAAAUGACAAUAGUGAGGAUGACGCAGCACGUCAAGAACGUCGCAGGCGAAGACAAGAGGCCGUACUUGCUCGACGGCAGAAGUUCAAAUCUGAAGCUUAUAUCCGAGAUUCAGACGAUGAGACCGAUGAGGAAGCCGACAAGUUAUUCUUUGCUAAAGAAGAAGAGCUUCGCAAAGCACAAGCUGCGAAGGUCAAGGGCCAGAUGAUCUCUAGUGGUGCAGCUGAAGAGGUAGAUGAAGCGACUUUGACGAAGCGGCGCAAGAUCAUGGCGAGGUUGCAAGGUGAAGAUGGUAGUGACGAGGAGGACGAAAACGUGGAGAUGGAUGAAGCACCUGAGCAAGGUAGUGCUCUGCCGUCUUCACUUCCAUCCAGGAACACGGACGUUGAGUCAGACCAGGAUGAGGAUACUCCGCCAUCGUCACCGCCACCUACAAAGUCAUCUACUCAGGCACGGCGCAAAGCUUUGCAGGAAUUGCGUCAGGGCAAACAGGUGAAAGUGCCGGCUCCGGGAGGCAAAAUAGGUGCAGUGGACGAAGACGCUUCAGAUUCUGAUCUUGACAUUGAGGACGAGGAGGACACUAUCGUUCCCGCUUCACAACUUGCUACAGCUAGACGAUCUCGCGGAGGUUUCGUUGUUGAGGAUGAUGAGGAGGAGGAGGAUUGA